GUUUAGUACGGUGAAUAUUACGGCCCAGGCGCAUUGCCAGCGAAACCGUGACGAUAUGUGUACUACUUAUCACGAUAAUUCUCUUAUCAACAAAACGACACACGAAAAAGAAACAUUCGCUAUCAUCUAGUGUACCACUCAUGGUUUAUAUAAGUGACCGUCUAAAAUCUAUUUAAAUAAACAUUUAAUCUAUGCAGUGUCGACAAUGUUUUACUUAGUGUUAAUUGUUAGUAUAAUCACGUUCUUUGCGGUUGUUGUGAAGAUAUAUCAAAAGUUGACAUGUGGAAUAUGUUAUUCAAGUGCCCACAUGGUGGGGAAAGUUGUAAUAAUCACAGGUGGAAAUUGUGGCAUUGGCCUUGAGACCGCCAAGAAUCUGGCGGAGCGUGGGGCUAGGGUGAUAAUCGCGUGCCGGAGUAUCAAACGCGCGACAGAAGCCAAGGAUGAAAUAAUUAAGGUCACCGGUAAUACUGAAGUUGUAUAUAGGCAUUUGGAUUUAGCUUCAUUACGGUCGGUGCGUGAAUUCUGUGAAAAAAUAUACAAAACGGAAAGUCGUCUGGAUGUGCUCAUAAAUAAUGCAGGUGCGGGCGGACUCGGAAAUUACAAAACAGAAGAUGGGAAUCACGUUGGAAUGCAAGUAAAUUAUUUUGGGCCUUUUCUGUUGACGUGUCUAUUAUUGCCUUUAUUGAAGUCAUCAGCGCCUAGUCGAAUUGUUAACGUGUCGUCCGUCAUGCACAAAUAUGCCGAUGCGGAAGUAAACUUUGAAAAUUUAAAUAUGGAGAAAUAUUGGAGUGACUAUUUAGUGUAUGCUAAUAGUAAAUUGUACCUGAAUUUGAUGACAUUAGAAUUAUCACAGAGACUUAAGGGUACCGGAGUGACUGUGAAUGCGUUGCAUCCGGGCGUGUGUGCAACAAAUAUAUUUAGGAAUAUAAAAUCUAAACUUAUACGUAAAAUAGUUCAUUUAAGUGUAGGAUUUUUAUACCAAAGCCCGUGGGAAGCAGCACAGACUUCCAUAUAUUUGGCCGCAUCACGAGACGUGAAAGACGAGAAUGGAUGCUAUUUCAGUAACUGUCGUAAAAGCAAACCAUCUCUACUGUCACAAGACGCUGAAAUAGCGAAGAGACUUUGGAUAGAAUCCGAAAAGCUAGUAAAAUUUUCUCUAAAUGACAAAUAAUAUUAAUUGUUGGAUGGUAUUAUUAAAUUUAUUGUUUUUAAAA